GUCGUCUGUGUGAGGGGCCUGUAAACAGUUGUGUGUGAAAUCAUGGCUGCAAAGAUCCAACAGCUGAACCAGUCUGUGGUGAUCCGCAGCCUGCGCCGCUUCAGGGACAGAUACUUCCCCCACAGCGGACAAAGUGUGGCGCCUGUGGAAGACACGGGCCAAGAGGAAGUUACACCGGGAUUUUUGGAUAACUUGCCGGUAGAUUUACAGUUCUUGGUCAUGACCUUUCUGUCUCCUGCGGAUAUCUGCUGUCUUGGAGCCACUAGUCGCUACUGGAGGGGUAUGGUUAGAGAUCCAUUACUGUGGAGGUUUUUCUUGCUCAGAGAUAUGCCACACUGGGCCUCCAUAGAUCAUUUAACCAUGCCUCAACUGGAGAUGCUAGAUUCACCCCUUGUCAAUGAAGAUGAGACCCUGGAUGACAGAGAGGAGUGGGAAGCCAAAGAGAAUCCAAAACCUGACUACAUGGCAGAAUACCUGAAAGGCUGUCCGUCCUGCAGACAACAAUGGCUUCCCUCAAAAGCACCAUAUGAGGUCGUCACUUCAUUCUUUCAGUCUCUGGUGCCUUCAUCUGAACCACGCUAUGCCAUGUUUGGGCCCGGCAUGGAGCAACUGGACGUCUCUUUAGUCACGAGGAUUAUGCAUGCUCCAGAUGUGCUUCCUGUGUCAGGGACUCCACACCGACAGAUAAAUGGAAUUGGCUCAGGGAUUAGUUACAUGUUCAACAGCCAACAUAAAUUCAAUAUCCUGACUUUAUACUCAACAAAUAGGGCAGAAAGAGAAAGAGCCAGAGUGGAGAAGCAGAGCAUCAGUAAUAAACUCUUUAACCUUGAAGGAACAGACGAAUCUGGGCGUCCUGUCUACAGCCCGGCUCCUCACGUCCAGCAAGUGUGCCAGGUGGUGGAUGGUUUCAUCUAUGUAGCAAAUGCAGAACAUGACAGAGAUGAGGGUGGUUCUGAGGCGGCUCAGAUCCGGGCUGUGCUGAAUCCUGCCUGGGGCUCAGCAUCCAGACCUCUACUGGUGUUGUCCUGUGUCUCAAGAGAAGAAUGGGAAGUACUCACACCUCACAGCCUGCAUACUGGUGGAAGUAGAAACAGAGUUCCCUGUGUUCACAUGGCAAAGAGGCUCGGCCUUCCCCAGUUGACUAACCCAUGGAUGGUCCAGGAUGCAGUUGCAGAAUCGCUGUCUGGUCUGCUGGAUGGUAUUUCAUGGUUGCUGAGAUGCUCUGGAGUCAAAAUCCAUGCUAGAUAGUUGCUCCACUCAUGAUGUUGCCAGAUAGAUUAAAAACACAGACUUCAUAGCUCUGUCAUCCCAAAGACAGAGACACCCUACGGCAUUUCCUGCAUAAUGUAAACCACAUGUGCGCUGCAGGAUUGGGACACUGCCUGUGAAAUAAACUGGAGGAGCAGAAGAAGUGAUGGGUCCCCUAACUGUUCAUUUGGAUGGACAGAACACCUGUUUGUUUGUAAAAAAAAAAAAAAAAAAAAAAAGG